GACGCGAGGCCAGCGGGGUGGCGGGGCCCCAGCGCCGGGGCGGACGGCCGCGGGCCUGCGCCGGCUCCUGCUCUGAGCGCCCGGGCGGGGGGGAUUCGGCCUCCCCGCUCCCUCCGGCCCGCCUCCCCUCGUGCAAAGAAUUGUAGACCAAGGAGCCAUGGAUAGGAGAAGUGUGGGUGAAACAGAAAAUGGAGAUACUUUCCUUGACUUGAAGAAGCAGCCAGCAUCGAAAUCUCCCCAUCGCUAUACAAAAGAGGAGCUUUUGGAUAUAAAAGAACGCCCUCAUUCCAAACAAAGGCCUUCAUGCCUCUCUGAAAAAUACGACAGUGAUGGUGUCUGGGACCCCGAGAAGUGGCAUGCCUCUCUUUACCCAGCUUCAGGGCGGAGCUCACCAGUGGAAAGUGUGAAGAAAGAGUUGGAUACAGACCGGCCUUCCCUGGUGCGCAGGAUAGUAGAUCCACGAGAGCGCGUGAAAGAAGAUGACUUAGAUGUUGUUCUCAGCCCACAGAGACGAAGCUUUGGAGGGGGCUGCCAUGUGACAGCUGCUGUUAGCUCCCGGCGCUCAGGAAGCCCAUUGGAGAAAGACAGUGAUGGGCUGCGCUUGCUUGGUGGACGAAGGAUUGGCAGUGGGAGGAUAAUCUCUGCUAGGACCUUUGAAAAAGAUCACCGUCUUAACGAUAAGGACCUGCGGGACUUGAGAGACAGAGACCGAGAGAGGGACUACAAGGACAAGCGUUUCAGGAGGGAGUUUGGGGAUAGUAAGCGUGUCUUUGGUGAACGUAGAAGAAACGAUUCCUAUACAGAAGAAGAACCAGAAUGGUUCUCAGCUGGACCCACAAGUCAGUCUGAAACCAUUGAGCUGACUGGCUUUGAUGAUAAGAUACUGGAAGAAGAUCACAAAGGGAGAAAAAGAACAAGGCGACGGACAGCCUCUGUGAAGGAAGGCAUAGUCGAGUGCAAUGGAGGAGUGGCCGAAGAGCAUGAGGUGGAGGUCAUCCUCGCACACGAGUCUGCUGCUGAUCAAGAAGUGCCAAGGGAUGCCGUCUUGCCCGAGCAGUCCCCAGGAGAAUUUGACUUUAACGAGUUCUUUAACCUUGAUAAGGUGCCGUGCUUGGCUUCGAUGAUAGAAGAUGUUUUGGGAGAAGGGUCAGUCUCCGCCAGUCGGUUCAGUAGGUGGUUCUCUAACCCAAGCCGAUCAGGAAGCCGAUCCAGUAGUCUUGGGUCUACACCACACGAAGAACUGGAGAGACUUGCAGGUCUGGAGCAAGCCAUCCUCUCUCCUGGACAGAAUUCGGGGAAUUAUUUUGCUCCUAUACCAUUGGAAGACCAUGCUGAAAGUAAAGUGGAUAUUUUAGAAAUGCUACAGAAAGCCAAAGUGGAUUUAAAACCUCUUCUUUCCAGCCUUUCUGCAAAUAAAGAAAAACUUAAAGAGAGCUCACAUUCAGGGGUUGUGCUUUCAGUGGAAGAGGUAGAAGCAGGUCUCAAGGGCUUGAAGGUGGACCAGCAAGGGAAGAAUUCAACUCCCUUCAUGGCAGAACACUUAGAGGAGACCCUGAGUGCUGUAACCAGCAAUCGACAGCUCAGAAAAGAUGGCGAUAUGACUGCGUUCAACAAGCUAGUGAGCACCAUGAAGGCAAGUGGGACUUUGCCUUCUCAGCCCAAAGUCAGCGAACUUCUGGGUCCGCCAGUUCAGAGACCUCCUUCCAAUCUUCUGAGUGGCCUUAUGGGAAGCUUGGAGCCUACAACAUCUUUACUUGGCCAAAGAGCACCCUCUCCUCCCUUGUCACAGGUGUUUCAGACGCGAGCAGCCUCAGCAGACUACCUUCGUCCACGAAUACCAUCUCCAAUUGGUUUCACAGCAGGACCACCGCAAUUACUCGGAGACCCAUUCCAAGGCAUGCGCAAGCCCGUCAGCCCUGUCACGGCCCAGCAGAUGAGCCAGCUUGAAUUGCAACAGGCAGCUUUGGAGGGGCUGGCUUUACCACAUGACCUUGCAGUGCAAGCAGCAAACUUAUAUCAGCCUGGUUUUGGCAAACCGCAGGUGGACAAAACCAGAGAUGGAUUCAGAAACAGGCAACAGCGAGUGACCAAGUCACCAGCACCCGUGCACAGAGGAAAUUCCUCUUCCCCUGCCCCGGCUGCCUCCAUUACAAGCAUGCUUUCUCCUUCCUUCACCCCUACCUCAGUGAUUCGUAAGAUGUACGAGAGCAAAGAGAAAAGCAAGGAGGAGCCAGCAUCUGGGAAAGCAGCUCUUGGUGACAGUAAAGAGGACAGUCAGAAGGCCAGUGAAGAGAACCUGCUCUCAGCCAACUCUGUGCCCAGUGCUGAUCGAGACUCUUCCCCCACUGCAAACCCCAAACUGUCAGCCUUGCAGCGGUCUUCGUGUUCCACCCCACUGUCCCAGACCAACCGUUACACCAAAGAACAAGAUUAUCGACCUAAAGCACCUGGGAGAAAAACGCCCACCUUGGCAUCCCCGAUUCCAGGAGCACCUUUUCUCCGCCCUGUCCACCAAGUCCCCCUUGUCCCCCAUGUCCCAAUUGUUCGGCCAGCUCACCAGCUUCACCCAGGCUUGGUUCAAAGGAUGCUGGCCCAGGGAGUACAUCCACAGCAUCUUCCAAAUUUACUCCAAACUGGUGUACUUCCUCCUGGGAUGGAUCUGACUCAUUUACAGGGAAUAUCUGGCCCAAUCCUGGGUCAACCCUUUUACCCUUUACCUGCCGCUAAUCACCCUCUCCUAAACCCUCGUCCUGGGACACCGCUGCAUCUGGCAAUGAUGCAACAGCAGCUACAGCGCUCAGUUCUUCAUCCUCCAGGCUCUGGUUCCCAGGCAGCUGCUGUCAGUGUUCAGACAACUACACAGAGCGUGCCCAGCCGGUCAGGCCUGCCCCACAUGCACUCCCAGCUGGAGCACCGCCCCAGCCAGAGGAGCAGCUCCCCAGUGGGCCUAGCUAAAUGGUUUGGCUCAGAUGUGCUACAGCAGCCCCUGCCCUCCAUGCCCGCCAAAGUCAUCAGCGUAGAUGAAUUAGAAUACCGACAAUGAGCAGGGUAGGCAGGCUCACCGAAGCCUGGGCCUACGGUGGCACCCUGGUCAAGACUCUGCCUCCUCAUCUCGGGUUGGUUUACAGGCUUUUACUUUGGAGUACUCUCCGCGAAACUUUUGAGGGGGGCCCAGGCCUCUGGUGUGGUCUGCAUGAUGGGAAAAUCUUAACCAAUCGAGUAAAGCCUACAUGGUCUAAAUACAGGAUACAGUUAUUGUAAAUCCUAGUCUUUUUUUGUAAGAUAUGUGAAUGAAGUGUUGGUGUCUUAACCAAGAGGUGGCACCUAAGGGUUCCAAGGAAAUAAAUGUAUAAACUCUUAUGUACAGAUAUGUGUAUAAACAACUUUUGUACAUACAUAUAGGAUAGGUUUUUUGAACUUAUACAGCUGUACAUAAAAGUAGCUGAUAUUAGUUAAGCUUGUGUCAACAGUUUGGAUUUUUUUCACUUGUACAUUUGGGAACUUUUCUUUGGGUUGAUUAAAGUUGCAUAUGCUGUGUCUGAAGUGAAUGGCAAUUAUUCCGGAUUCCCUUCUUAAAGCAUUUCCAACCAGCUUACCCAUAAGGCUCAGUAGGUUCCUUAAAGGAAAUUAUCUGAAGUUUUAAUUUUUCUUUAAAAUUCACAGCACUGAACUUUAUCUCAUUUAAGAGGAGGAAGCUAUGGCUUUAUUUCUUCAGCCUGAAGACCCCAAUGAGUAAAUUUAUUCUGGGCUUGACACUCUAGGUAGCCUUAUCACUAAUACCAGAUUAUAGCGAGCGUUUUCUAAGUUUAAACAACCUAGUGAAAGCAAUUUAUUUAUUGGGUUAUCAUAUAAUGGUAGUUUCUCCCAAACAAAUCCACGUAAAUAGGGUUGUUGGACAAGUCAUGACGUAUUUUUGUUUUUCAUUGCAAAGAUGCGUCAUGACUUGUCCAACAACCCAAUAGUUUGUUGGCAUCCUGUUCAGCUCAAAGUUACCGAUAGGGAAAAAUAGGGCGUCUGAGUUCUGAUUCAAUCCAUUAAAGUAUUUUUUCUCCAUAUAGAACCUCCCUUGAGGCUUUGAUGCCUGUUAAGUGAUUCCUUGGGUUUUGUAUCUCAUUCCCCAGCUCAGUUAUUUUCAUAUUCACCUUAAUUACAUGCACAGCAUUGGAGAAAAGGAUUCUACCAGAAUACUAUAGCAAUGGGCUUGAGUCUCCCUUUCCUGAUCAAAGGUUUUUCAGUCCUGUUGAUCUGAGGUGAUACUUAUUUCUCAAGCUCAAGUGAAUUCCCCCAAGUUCUCGAUACUUCCCCAUUUAGGGCCAUCAAAGUUACUUUGACUUGAUGCUAGAAUGAGGCCAUUCUCUAAUUCUCAGAUGAAGGGCAAGGUGGUUGGAUUUUGACUGCAAGGGUAUAAGAAACCACCUGAGUCUUGAGUGUGAGGGGUAUUGUCUAUAAACCUGGAGCUGCCCACCUGGCCCUGUACUUCCAGGAACAUAAGAAAACAGGUCACCUUUCAACAAAACGUGGCUUCGUGAACUGAGCAUGAGGUCUGUCUCUUCCUGAUACUUCAACUUCAUUAUCUUCCCUCCCCCUCAGUAGGAUUUACGCUCAUUGUGAUUCCUCAGCUUCAGAAAUAGAAUUUUUGCAAAAGUUUUGUUUCCAUAUGUAAAAGCUAGAAAGCAGUCUCAAGUAACAAUGGCAGAACAGAUGCCUGAAUCCAGUUCCACCUUUCCUUUCACUUCUUUCCCCUUCUUGUUGAACCAAUAUACUUGGAAAUAUAGGGUGGGGAGGAUUGGGUUGGAGCUUCCAGUAAGGGCUUCCUUCUACAAGGAAGCUGGUAGGGUAGAAAUGAACAAAUGUGGGCACCAAGUAAAGGGCAAAGCUAUUAGCCAGUGAUUGGUGAGAUGAAGCCCGAAGGAAAUAAGGGAGUAUUGCUAAGAAUAGCACAGCAGACGCCAGAGGUACAGAUGUUAACAAAACUUUUGGUGUCUGGGAGGGAGUAGAGGGGAAAGAGGAAGACGUCCAGGUGACAGGGGGAGGAAGUGAUGUCUCCGCUAAUAAGAGAUGUUUUACAUGGAGCAACUUUGGGAACUUAGCAGGCAUGAGACAAGUUCAGAAGCAAUCAGAGCUGGAAGGAAGGAUGUGCAAAAUAAAUAUUAAGAGAAGCUAAGGAUGUGGAAGGCCUCCUCAAAAUAACACAGCAGAGGGCCACAGAACCUCAUGGAAGACCUACCUGUAAGGAUGGGGGCCAGGUAGGAAAGGAAAGAACAGGGCCUCCCAAAGGAAGCAGCUGAGCAGCCAGUACUUGGGAAGUCAGUGGUAAGGAAUGAGAAGUGGGGGGUAAAAAUGGAGUAUGACCAGGCCUUUCAGAAGAUGGCUAGUGAGUGGGGUGGCUGGCUAGCUCAGUUGGUUGGAGCACAGUGCUCAUAACACCAAGGUUGCUGGUUCGAUCUCCACAUGGGCCACUGAGCUGCGCCCUCCACCACUAGAUUGAAACUAUUUGAAUUGGAGUUGAUGGGUCCUGGAAAAACACACUUUCCCAAUAAAAAAAUAAAAGAAGAUGGCUAGUGAGUAUCUUAUAAGCCAGGCUCCAUUAAGAUGGAAGGGAAGUCAGGUCCAUUGGCCCUUCUUUGUAAAUGAAAGAAAAGAGCACAAACACAAUCCAGGAACAAAGAUAACUUAUAGGAGUAAAACCUGAUUUUUUUUCAAUUA